AGAGUCUGUUCUCCACACUAACGCACCUUACCAUCCUGGUUCUCCGGCUAUGCACCUGCAACCUCCCCUUGCAGUCCUCCUCCUCCUGUCCUCCUCCCCGGCGGUCGGACAGCGGUAGUGCGCACUGAGCAGCGGGAGUGCGCAAGGCGGCCGGCAUGCACCUGGAGAGAAACCGCCCCGCCAAGCCGUCCAAGGGCUCAGCUGGAGACACAGCAGCAUGCAGACUGAUGCUCUAACAGCAGGGAUAUAGCAGCAGAGCACCGGGCGGAUAUCGGAGCUGCAGCAUGGGCGUGGGAGAGAGGCACAGCCUAAAGGAAAGCGAUGUAAUUCCACGGACAUAAGAAGGGUGGGUGGGGGGAACCCGAGUAGCGUUGGAUCAGAGUUGUCCCGGGUGUAUUUUGGGGCUUAGUUUGGUGUCUUGUUCUCUUAAAUUCUCCAAACACAGUACUUUUUUUUCCUGCCAACCUCCAGUGUAGUUUAAAAGGAUGGAGAAGGGCGCUCAGCAGCAGCCGCCGCAGCAGCUGUCCAAAAGCGCAGAGAGUCCGGCGGACGACAUCUCCAAAUUAAACGACGAGGAGCUGCUGAAGUGGGGCAAGGAGGAGCUGGUGCGGCGGCUGCGGAGGGCAGAGGCGGGGAAGAGGAGCGCCAUCGUGGAGCACGGCAAUCUGAUGCGGGAGGUGAACCGGAGACUCCAGCAGCACCUCAAUGAAAUACGGAGUUUAAAGGACGUGAACCAGAAACUGCAGGAGGACAACCAGGAGCUGCGGGACCUGUGCUGCUUCCUGGAUGACGACCGGCAGAAGGGGAAGCGGGUGUCGCGGGAGUGGCAGCGCUUGGGCCGCUACAGUGCAGGCCUGAUGAGAAAGGAGGUGGCCAUCUACCUGCAGAAGCUGAAGGAACUGGAGCAGCGGCAGGUGGAGGUCAUCCGGGAGAACAUGGAGCUCAAGGAGGUGUGCCUCAUGCUGGAGGAGGAGAGGGCUGUGGCUGUGGCUGGAGGGGGAGGAGGUGGAGGUGUGGGCAGUCAUGGGGUUCCUGGCCGUAGGAGCUCUAUAGACAGUCAGAGCAGCUUGUCUCAGCUUGCUGGAGGUGUCCCAGCACCUGGACUACUGCGGGACGUUGGCGACGGGAGCAGCACCUCCAGUGCGGGGAGUACAGAUAGCCCAGAUAACCCACACCUCAAACCCCCUCCCCUGGGCUCCAACCACAGCCCUGGAUCAAGAUGUGUCUCUGCAGAGCACCCCCACAAACCAGGAGAUGUGUGUGAAUCCACAGGCAGGAGGCACAGCUCCACCCCAGAGUACCACACCUUCCCCCAGGCCUGUCGCCCUCGUGGGGGGUCCCUCACCAACCUGGACCCCCGUGGUCUUCGGGGACACAGCCCAGACAAACACAGCAAGUCUCCCACCAGGCAACCAUGUGACUCCCACCCCAAACCCUGCAGCUCUGACCUACUGGCCCAGAAACAGCUAUUGAUGUCAGGGCAGGCAUCAGCAGGCUGUGGGAAGGGAACAGCCAAGUCCAGCCCAGAGCUGAGUCAGAGACACCGGCCGGUUAACAUGGCAGGGGCAGGCUGUGGGAGUCCUGAGGCCAAGCCGACAGCGGUGGGGACGCCUGAGCACCUGAGAAAGGGGCGGGUGAUUGUGGGUAGUCCAGAGUCUAUACGGCACCACCAUCACUAUCAGCACAGCUCUGGGAUGGAGCACGACAAGGGGAGGUAUAGCAGUGGCUCCCCUGGCAGGGAUGGGGGUCAGAGGAGGAUGGCAGGAGAGGAGAUGUCCCCCCACCACCAGAGUCUGUACAACGCUCUGAUAUCUGCCGGUUGCUGCACCAACUCCUGUAGGAGUGUAAAGCUUUGGGACAGCUUCGAUGCCUCCUGACCAUGACAUGCCUCUUGAUCAGAUGCUGCUGUGACAACACACCCCAGAGAGAGAAGCAGAGGGUUAUUAGCAGGCUGGAUGGCUGGAUGGAUGGAAGGACAAGUUGAUCGAAGACAUAACUGGAUGGAGAAAUCAUCAUGAAAUUCAGAAUCAAGCAGUGAGGGCGAGGGAGCAGAUGAGUGAAACAAGGCUACAAAACACUGGAAAUACUUGAACACUCUGUCUGCCCUGUCUGCUGUGCUGCUGCUGCU